UCGGUAGCGGAAACCCCUGUAUUUACAAACACACUGCUUGUAACCGGUGGAGUCGGAGUGCUAAUGAACGGUUCAGAGGAAUUACUGAAGACGCGCUAAAGAUUUUUUACGUCAAUUAAGGAAAGACUGUCAAUUUAGCGAGACAUGUUUUCGGGUACAACGACACACUUCCGCCGUAGCGGUUCUGAAGGAGAUGAAAAACUGCCUGAAGACACCGCAACAACGGAAUACUGCGCAAAGUUGCAGCAGUGGAUGUGGCAGUAUUACUGGGGUUAUGCUAACUGGCAGAGCUGGCUGGCUCUGACAGCUCUCCCCUUUCCUCCGCCGGGGACAGGUGCUCAGACUCCGGGACCAUUAACAGCACCUUCCUCCACCUCGGGGCAGCAGACUUACGACCCUGCAAACUGGUACAGCUACCCUUAUCCCUUCAGUUUCCCUGCAUCCUCUCCUCAUCUUAAUGGCACCCAGGUCGGACAUAGCUCCACCACGACCCCGGCUGCAGCUGCUGAUGGUCGGACAGCCCAACAGCAGAAUGGGAACCCACCUCAGGCAGGACGGGAGUACACCAUCCCUUCUCCUCUCCAGAGGUUCCUCGCUGAGACGGUGGACUUCUUCAUCUUGUUCUGUGUGAAGGCCACCAUCGUGCUGUGGAUCAUGCAUCUGAGUGGAAUGAAGGACAUUGCCAAAUUUAUCACCCACUUCAUUGUGGAGGAGAUAGACGAGAACACAUCGAUGGAGGACCUGCAGAAGAUGAUGGCUGUAGCUCUGGUUUACAGGGUGUUGGUGUGUAUCUUUGAGGUGAUAUGUAUUUGGGGAGCUGGAGGUGCCACACCAGGGAAGUUCCUGCUUGGUCUGCGGGUUGUGACAUGUGACACAUCCACUCUGGUCCGUCCAAACCGAGUGCUUGUUGUCCCUGCGUCUAAUGUGUCCCUCUCUGCCUCUACCGUGCGGUCUCUCAAUAAGAACUUCUCCAUUGCCUUCCUCUUCCCCGUCUUUAUCACUCUCCUGUUCUUCCAGCACAACAGGACUGUGUAUGACAUCGUGGCCGGGACUAUCGUUGUCCAGCGUAGAGGGGGCAGAUAGCCUCUCCUCCUGCAGCAGACUUUUUCAAUACUUGGCAGUGCAAUGACAUGGUGCUUGAAAUAUUUAAAUCAGGUCACAGAUCUCUUCUUGGACUUAACCUGCACUGUCAAACUGGAUGCAAACAGGUUGAAGGCCUGGCACAUUGAAGAAAAAAGAUCCAGCCCUACAACUUUUAGUUGAAGCUUCUUCCUUUUUUUUUUUUUGGACAAC